AUGACUUCCCACGCUCCAGCUUCUACAAGCCAUAUGCCGGCCCCCCAGUUGCACCCAAACGUAAGAGCCUCCACCGGUACCCCGGCCGAUAAUAUCAGGUUCCAAACACAGACAAAUUGGCAGGCGGGAACUUCUGCUGCAGCACACCCUCCUGGCCUUCAGCCGCCGCCGCCCUCGUCCCGCCCGCAUGGAUCAUCACCACCAUCCUCAGUGCGUGCCAUGACCCCUUCGACCAGAGGCCAGACUAGCACGACAUCCUCCAUUGCCAGCGGGCAGAGUGUUCCCCCACUCACACCUGGUUCUGUCGGAACAACCCCCGCAGGCUCGCUGCGAGGGAUCCCUCCUACGCCCAGAUCCGAACGUCCCAUGACAGGUUCCAUUAACAGCUCGCGGUUCCCGCCACAGUCGACUCGAACCCACCCUACCAUGGCCCCCACCAUGGACACGUCGGUGCGGAGUCCCCAGUUUUCGAGCUUCUCUUUUGGCCGCCAAACUGGAUCUUCCCUCACGAGCGAGGGAUCGGUACAGGGCGACAUAGGCUCAAUGGGUGGGGGCUCAACGCGUGGGCUUGCGCCUUCGAGUAAGUUCGGCAACAGCUCUUCACCAUCUAUUGCGAGUCGGUCGAAUUCAUCCUUUGGCCAGUUCAGCAACACCAACAGUGCCGGUAGCCAGGGGUCCCAGCCUAUGGCUACCAAUCACCCGCAAGAACCCGUCGCGGGUGGCAGCCGUUUCCCAGGAGCAUACGGCGACCACGACACUAGUGUUAAUCAUCAAGCAGCCAUGGGCGAAGGAGACGAGAAUUGGGGGGAAGAAGAAGAACACUAUCCCGAAGACGAAGAGGACGACGACGAGGGUUUAUACGGCGAUACCGAGGAUGCGACAUUCGCCACGCACAUGGAGGACGAAGAAGAUGAUGAGAAUUAUCAGUAUCAGUAG